AUGGCUACACGAUCAUUAGUCGUAGGAGGAACGGGUGGCAUUGGCUUCGCCAUUGCCUGCCGCCUCGCCGCAGCUUCGGCAUCCUCACAAGUGACUAUCAGUGGCCGCACCGAACCCAAGGACGUCCCUCACCCCAACAUCAAGUUCCGCGCCUUGGACGCAUCUUCCAUGCGCUCCAUCAAGCGAUACACGGACGACUACAAGUCCCUCCAAGACCCACAACUCGACUUGCUCGUCCUCACCCAAGGCAUUCUCACCAUGGCAGGUAGAACCGAGACGUCCGAGGGAAUCGACCGCAAGAUGGCCCUUCACUACUACGGCAGGCAGCUUCUCAUCCGCGAGCUGAGCCCCAUCCUAAAGGACGAUGCCAAAGUCCUCAUCGUCCUUGAUAGCACCCGCGGAAGCCCGACGAAGCUGAUUUGGGACGACUUGGACCUGAAGAAGAACUUCAGCUUGCAAAAAGCAGCGGACCACUGCCUGUCCAUGACGGACGCCAUGAUCCAGGCCUAUGCGGCCGAGAACAAGGACAAGAGGCAACACUUCAUCCACGCGUACCCUGGCAUCGUACAGACCAAUCUCUUCCAUACCAUGCCGUGGUAUCUUCGGACUGCGACAAAACUCCUGACCAAUGUGAUGGGCGUACCGGCCGAUACCUGCGCCGAGAGACUUCUGGAGGGAGUGGACGGGGCCUCGGGGAAGGACGGCGCAUCUUGGAGUUGUAUCGAUCAAAAUGGUAAGGUUGUCGGCAACAAGGCUAUUUUCACUGAGGAGGAUUUGAAAAAGGUCAAAGAUCACACUUGGAAGACGAUUGACGAGGCACUUGCAGUCCCCACUACCAUGGAGGGGAUCGGGUUUGCCAUCUUCCAACCCCGGAAGGUCGCGAACUCCACCGAUCCGGGAAUCGCAAGGCCGGGCCCGGUCAGCAAGGUGACUGACAAGGGAACGACCCCGGCAUCCCGGUAA